GGGCGAAGGGAGAAGGGGGGAGGGAAAGGGGCACUUGCGGCCAAUGGCCGUUGCUUGCAUGUGGGUUUUGGAAGUUUUUAGUACACAAACCAAAACCACUGUGCCCCACCUGGAUUUGGGGCCGAUCUGCCACAGUGCAAACCUCCAAAACCACACGCUUUCCCACCCACAAACCACUUACCGCCACCUAAUGUGACCGUAACAAAACCACUAGCGGUUCUUCAUUAGGACCAUUUGGUCCCAACAGGCCUAAAGCGGAAGGCAGUUGUGGCGGUGGUUUGAAUAGUCCAAGCCUCCGCACAAUCUCUAUAUAUUUCCCCUUCCCCCCAUUCCCAUUUCCUUCACUCCUCUUCACUUCUCAUUCUCUCUUCUUCUUAUUCUCCAUUGAAACUAAAAGGAAGGGAAAUGGCUGUGCUUGGGUAUUUCUUUGUGGGUCUUCUUUCAAUGGUGUCAAGUGCGCAUGGGUACGGUGGUGGAGGUUGGAUCAGUGCUCAUGCUACCUUCUAUGGAGGUGGUGAUGCCUCUGGGACAAUGGGUGGGGCAUGUGGGUAUGGGAACCUUUACAGUCAGGGAUAUGGAACCAACACCGCAGCUCUAAGCACUGCUCUGUUCAAUAAUGGGCUGAGCUGUGGGUCUUGCUACGAGAUUAGGUGUGUCAAUGACCCAAAAUGGUGUCUGCCGGGUGCCAUUGUGGUCACCGCCACCAAUUUCUGCCCACCAAACAGCGCCCUCCCAAACAAUGCAGGGGGUUGGUGCAACCCUCCCCAGCAACACUUUGAUCUCUCUCAGCCUGUCUUCCAACACAUUGCCCAGUACAGAGCUGGGAUUGUGCCUGUGGCCUACAGAAGGGUACCGUGCGGAAGAAGGGGAGGUAUAAGGUUCACCAUCAACGGCCACUCUUACUUCAACUUGGUCCUCAUCACAAACGUGGGAGGGGCAGGCGAUGUGCAUGCUGUUGCCAUUAAAGGGUCCAGAACUCGCUGGCAGGGCAUGUCAAGGAACUGGGGUCAGAACUGGCAAAGCAACAACUACCUCAAUGGACAAGCCCUCUCCUUUAAGGUCACCACAAGCGACGGCCACAGUGUGGUCUCUUACAAUGUUGCCCCUGCUGGCUGGUCCUUCGGGCAGACCUACACUGGAAGGCAGUUCCGGUAGAGGGCACCCCUUCCAACGGACCCAUCCCUUAUUCCUCUUUAUUCAAUUAGCAUCAGCUUGCUAGCUAGAAUAUAUAUGUAUCACUAUAGUAUGUGACCUAGAAGAGCGUCCUAGGAAUAUAUAUAUAUAUAUAUAUAUAAUUUUAUGGGGUCAGUGUUAGCCUCUUGGGUCAAAAUGAGAAGGGCUUAUUUUAAAAUGGCUCUUCUCGUUUUAAUUGGAUUGUAGGGGUACCCUAAUCUUGGGACCCUUCUCAAUAUUCUUGAGGCCUUUUUUCUUCUUUUUUUUAAAUCCUCUUGUGGUAAGGCUGAGAUUGGCAGUGGUGGGGGUAUGUGACCACCCGCCCUUAGUGUUUGAAGUUUCUUUCUGCUUUUUUGAAUGUGGAAGCAUUUUAAUUGUAAGGUCAUUGUAAUCAGCUUUUGCUGAGUAUGUCCUUGGUCGGUAAUGGCUAUGUUUGAGUGAGACUAAAGUGUAAAUUUCCCAUUUGCCUAGUAAUGAAAGGAGAGUACUAAUUCCUACGUUA